AUGGGGCUUCCAGGGCUGGACAUUCGGGCACAGCGCAGAGUGUCCCGAGACAACGUGGCCUGUAAGUUUGUCCUGGACUUGCAGCAGCAGGUGGUGGACCGCGGGGGGGGAGCCUUGCGCGAGAACCCUCGCAACAGCUUGCAGUGGCAUUUGCCGCAAGAGAAAGCGAUGUCAGCGUCGGGACAAUGGUUCGACACCGACUACCACGCAUGUUGCUUCAUGGGGGCACGUCGCAAGGCGCAGCGCCUGCGGCGCAAUAUCUGGGAGUUGACCCAGGGGCCGACGCUGCGGUGCCACCAUACCCACGAUCCAGCGGAAUGGGAACCGUGGGCAGUUGGAGACCAAAUCGUCUUUCCCGCAGCGUCGGAGGCCGAGUACACAGCCCCUUUGGCGUUCCACAUCGCAGUCUCAGCGAGCUGGUGGGCGUGCAGAACCGGCUGGGCCAAGCUCCAUGUGCCCCGCGGGCCAGCGGUGCAGACAGUUGGCCGUCGGGAACAUUGGCUACAGUUGGAUCCACGAGCACUGCGCGAGUGGGCUAUGGCGCCGCUGGCUAUUUCCCUGGGCCUCAGGCCACUCGACCCGGGGGAGGCGGCGCGCGUUCCGCGCCGAGUUGAGGUGCAGUCGGCUUUGCAGCCCGACAAAACCCUGCCAGCGGACCAUGUGUGUGUGGGAAGAGGGCAUCAUACCCACCGGCUGCCAGUCACACAGUGGGCUUGUCCGUUUGUUCCAGGCUUCAACUGUGGAGUGGAUGACUGGCUCCCGCUUUUCACAGAACACGUCAUGACCCACAUGCGCAGCGAACUCAGGUCUCUCGAGGGUCGAGUGUUGGCCUGCGACUGUCCCCUGUCCCAAGCCUGCGAGGCGGAUGUGCUGGCAGGCUUGGUGUUUCAGGAGGGGAAACCUCCGGAUUGUGCGCAGGAUGCGGCUGCGGGACGGCCGGGGCGCAGGCACAAGGGAUCGCGACGGAGAGUCAUCCUCGCGGCGGCAGCUGGAGCGUUGCCUACUCCAGUGGGGGCCGUCAUCCCGUACUUGCACCAAGAUGCCGUGACCGGCGCCUUCAAGUCCCUUUUCCCGCCAGACCUCCUCCAGGAUUUCCACUUCCCCGUUGUGGAGGACCUCAUCAACAGUCCUCCCUUCACCUCCUUUCCACAGUGGUGCCGGGCGCAGGAGCUGCCGUGGGACGGCCCUCUGCUACCACAAAUGGUCAGUGCCCAGCAAAGGCAGUGGCAGCGGAAUGCUGAGGGCCAGCAAGCAGGUGGGAUGGCGCAUAAAGCCGCCCUGCCUCCAGUCCUGCCUUUUGGGCUGCACCCUGACGAGCAUUUCGAUCUGGCCAGGGACCUAGCCCACUACCCUACCCCUUUCGAAGCCGAACCCGUUCUUGAUCUCGACCUGCAAUAUGCUGCGGAGGUGACCGCAGCGGGGAGAGGGACUCUCCAGCGGUCGCGGCGGGUUGCCGUGGGGGCGCUUAGGGAGCUAAAGCGCAGGUGGGCAGGGGUAGACACCUGUCUGCGGCAGGGGCAGGAGCCAGGUGUCCGGCGUGUGACAGCCAGACGGGAUGUCGGCUUUCUCGCCCUACUGUUGCUCCUGGUGUCGUGGGGGGACGUGUCGUUGCCCCAAGCUUUCAUCGAAGGCAUGUCAGCCGUGGGAACGGCCCCCUAUUACGGAGUUUUCCCGUGGCAGGGUGCUAGGCAGAUAGGCCGAGACGAAAUCUUUCAGGAUGUGGGAGCCCAGAACAGCCGCAUCCAAGCCAGUUUAAGACCAGGGAAAGACGACGCUUUCCUCCUAGCCCAGAGCUUGAAGGAUGCUCAAAACGGCUUCUGCUCAAAGCCACUGCAAUACCCAGAGCUAUUGAGAGCUGUCAAGGGAGAGAAGUUCCGUCUAAUCCCCAGAUGUGUAAUUACGCAAAGUAGUGGCAAACAGCGAGUGAUCGACAACGCCGAUACCGGAGGCCAGUCAGAGCUUAGCUCAGACCCCAACAAGUUGGUCCUUUGCUCCCCGUUGAGGCCAGCUCAGCAUGCGGCCGUUCUGUUGCGGCAGUUGUCUACCUCCGAGUUCGAGGAAGCCCAGCGAGUGGAUGCGCUGGAAGGCGGGGGUGAGGACUGGCCCGACGCUUAUCGCCACUGCCCCAUGUCCCAUCGGGCGAGUUUGGCGUGCGUUGUGGUGUGGUGGCAUCAGGAAUGGUGCCAGCCAGCAUACCAGCUCUACUCUGGAUUGCUGUUUGGCCUCCCGUUGGCUGUCACGAGUUUCAAUCGCUACAGCCGUGCCGUCGAGGCACUGGGGCGCAGAUUACUCGGAAUCCUCGUCUCCCUGUAUUUCGACGACUCACACUUGACAGACUGGCGGUCGUCAUGUUGGGUUCCCCCUUUGCACCAGAUAAAAGGCAAGCAAUGGCUUCAGCAGGCAUUGAGAAGUGGGCAUGUCAAGUUCUUCGUUCGUGAGCGUCUGCUACAGAAGGUGCAGGAUAUGGUGACCACUAGCCUUUCGACCGGGUUGCUCUCUGCAGGCCAGGCAUCCAAGCUGUAUGGUACGUGCAACUUCUUGGAGCAGGGCAUGUACGGAAGAGUAGGAGCCGGAGGCCUGCACUCUAUCCGCGAGAGAGCGGAUGAAACAAGUCGGGAGUUGACCCCGCCAAUCCGGGCCAGUCUGCAGAUGAUCUUAGCAGUGCUGGCCGUGCGACCGGAGCGUGAAUUCGAGCUUUUCCCUCGACCACUUCCAAGAUUUCUUGCUGCGAGUGACGCAGCCGAAGACAUACCUGGACAAGGGACGGGAGGCUUCCACAUAGUUUGGUUGGAUGAGCCGGAGAAGCGGGAGAGCUUUGCGGCUGUGGUCAACUCAGAGCUCUAUGCCCUGUUCACGCCAGGUGAGCAUAAGAUCGCUCAGUUGGAAUUGGCAAUGGUUUUCUACGGGCUGGUAGUGCGUGCUGAAUCCUUCAGGGGAAGGCGCGGCUACUGGUAUAUUGACAACGUGGCAGCACUUAUGGCGCUCAUCCGAGGCCGUUCCAGCUCGCCGGACCUUGAACGCCUAGCCCACCUCAUACAUGUGGCCUUGUUUACUCUUCGAACAUCCAUUUUCUGGGAAUAUGUGCCAUCCAAAAGUAACUGGGCGGACGCGGUGAGCCGUGUAGGACUCUGCGAUCCGUGGUUACACCAGAGGGGUUUUUCCCCUAAUCUGGCUACCUUUCCCACAAUUCUUUGGUCUCUACCAUUCAGCGCAGUGUUGACAGUCUUCCGUUUCCUGUGA